CCUUGCGAUAAAAAGUAAACAAAAAAGGCGCGCGAAAAUGUCGGACCAAGAAGAUAUGGAAAUCAAGCAGGAAAACCAGACUUUAUGUGAUACCGAUGAGAAGGACGAAAAGCCCGAAGAUGAGGACCUAAAGGAAACCAACAAAAUCAGUUCUCUGAAAACUCUGGGACCCUUUAUAGCCGCCAAGGAAAACAGUCGGAAUACGGUUUACUUGAGUGAUGUACCGGAUAUUUGCAAGGAUAAACCCUGCAUGCUGGGCGUGGACGAAGCGGGGCGUGGUCCCGUCCUGGGACCCAUGGUAUAUGGAAUUUCCUACUGUCCGCUUGAUAGCAAAAAGGCUCUCGAGGAUCUGGGAUGCGCCGAUUCCAAACAAUUGACCGAGGAGAAGCGGGAUGUCAUAUUCAACGAUAUCAACACCAAGGAGUAUGCCACCAGUUGCAUUGGCUGGGCCGUGGAGAUCAUAUCGCCGAAUACAAUCAGCACAAGCAUGUACCGGCGAUCCAAGUGCUCUCUAAACGAGGUUUCCAUGGACUCCGCCAUGGGUUUGAUCCAGCAGGCCAUCGAUGCAGGCGUUAAUAUAGCGGAGGUGUAUGUGGACACAGUGGGUCCGCCGGAAAAGUACCAGGAGAAGCUGCUCAAGCGCUUCCCCACUUUCAAGAUCACUGUGGCCAAGAAGGCCGAUUCCACCUAUCCCAUUGUCUCGGCAGCGAGUAUCUGUGCCAAGGUAACCCGUGAUCAUGCCCUCAAGGUGUGGAAGUUUCCCGAGGGUUUGGUCAUUAAAGACAAUGCCUUUGGCAGCGGUUAUCCUGGCGAUCCGGUCACCAAGAGAUUCCUGUCCGAGCACAUCGAUUUGGUGUUCGGAUUUCCUCGUCUCGUGCGCUUUAGUUGGUCUACGGCGGAAAACGCCUUGGCGGACAAGGCCUACGACAUGGAGUUCGAUGAGCCGGACUCCGAGAAGCCAAAGUACGCAGGCACCAAGCUUACCAAGUUCUUUAAAGGCACAACCAAAUCCGGCGAGAUGAUACGCGAGGAGUGCCGCUUCUUCAAGCAACGACAUCUGGGAAAUGUCAUAGAGUUCUAGACUUUGAAUGAUUAUCUAUACAUUAAGUUAGUCAGCAUAUUUAAAAUAGUUUGUUCUUAAGUUUGUGAAAGUUAUCUUAUAAUAUUGUUUUCUCUAACCCAAAUAAUACAACUUUUUACCCCAA